AAUAACCUUAAAUCAAAGAAGAUUUCUAGAAAUGAAACUAUCGUUUCGUAUAAAGUUGAGACUUUACCAAAAACAUACUUUUCCUGCCCAUCAUAUUACUAUAAAGAGAAAUUCAGGAAUGAACCGAAACUUGAAAUGAUGUUGACUUGAUGAAAAUUCAAAUGAAAUUUCCGGUUUUUUCUCUCUAUAGUCUCUUUCUCUCUAUUUCAGUCCAUCCUUCACGUGGGAGUUCAAUUGACAUUUAUCCAAAUACUCGAUCGCAACAGAAUGGUAUCACUGUAGCUGGAGGAAAUCGACAAGGCAAUGGAAUCAAUCAACUCUCAAACCCAUGUGGUUUGUAUGUUGAUGAUGAUCAAACAAUCUAUGUUGCUGAUACCUCGAAUCACCGUAUUGUGGAAUGGAAACGAGGUGCAACAAGUGGCCAAGUGGUUGCCGGUGGAAAUGGACAAGGAAGUGGAGAUCAUCAAUUGGAUAACCCAAGAGAUGUGAUUAUCGACAAAGAGAGAGAUAGUCUCAUCAUAUGCGAUCGUUCAAAUGAAAGAGUGGUUCAAUGGCCUCGUCGAAAUGGGACAAGUGGAGAAAAAAUCAUCUCCAAUAUCGAUUGUUGGGGUUUGACAAUGGACGAGAAUGGAUCUCUCUAUGUCACUGAUGUUGGAAAAGAUGAAGUGAGACGAUAUCGAAGAGGAGAAUCUCAAGGAACAGUGGUUGCAGGUGGCAAUGGGAGUGGAAAUCGUCUCGAUCAACUCUCUUACCCAACAUACGUAUUCGUCGAUCGAGAUCAUUCAGUGUACGUAUCUGAUUGGAACAAUCAUCGUGUGAUGAAAUGGAUGGAAGGUGCAAAACAAGGCAUUGUCGUGGCUGGUGGUCAAGGACAAGGAAAUGAUCUUACACAAUUGUCAUAUCCUGAAGGAGUCGUUGUCGAUCAAUUGGGCACUGUCUAUGUGGCUGAUGGAUGGAAUAAUCGAAUCAUGCGUUGGCCUAAAGGAGCCACACAAGGAAGUGUCAUUGUUGGUGGAAACGGUAGUGGAGAACAAUCGAAUCAACUCAAUUGGCCCUUCGGUUUGUCAUUCGAUCGACACGGGAAUCUCUAUGUCGUCGAUUGGAGAAAUCAUCGAGCACAAAAAUUCGAUAUGGAUUCAAAUGCAUAG